UCAGUACUGCACAAUACGUAUCGUCCAAAUUCAACUGAGAGGAGCAGUAGGGAGACCUGGGAGAACUUCACUUUAAACUCUGCCACGUCUUCACACUGCUCUAAUUUUAUUAUUUUGGUGAAAGUGAGAGAGUAAUACAUCAUCACAGGAAACCAUGGAAGAACCACUGUCUCCUGAUGACGUGUUAGCAGAGCUGGGUGACAUUUAUCAAAACCAAAUGCAAACACCGUUACCGAACUCACUCUCAUUAGCAAUACGGAAAAUGAUAGUAGUUGCCAAUAAUAGUGAAGAUGCUGCAGUGAGAUUAAAUAAGUUUGCAGAGUUAAAGAAAAGGGAGAAGAAAGUACAAAUAGUGAUAGCUAAUGUUCCUAAGGGAAUUCUUCCUGACGGGUACACUGCUGAUCUUCAUGACAUGAAGGUGUUCACAAGGGGCCCUGAUGAUCUUGUCUACAGCAAACAUCAAGAUAUUCGUGAAAUGAUUCCUCGUGGUGUCACUAUCAUGCAACUGAACGGUAGAGUUUCACAGUUUGAUGUGGUGAUUCAUGGAAACAAGAAAUUUAGCGGUGGAAUUGGGGAUGAAGAUGAAUGUCAACCAGAAAAUAAUGAUAAAUGGAGAGAAUAUUGUCUUGGAAAUCCAGACACUGCUAUUAAGGUGGUCUGCAUGAAAAAGCUCAAUGGAGAAGCAGCACAUUUCAGUGGGAGGUAUAUUGAUGGACGGUUUUAUUUAUUUGUUGGAAGCAAGAAUGUUCAUAUGUUGAUUAGAGACUGCAUGGACAUAGAGAAAUAUGAGGGAAGCAGAUAUGGCGUGGCUAAGAUUAUAGCCAGAGCAGUCUGUAGUGUCCUGAAUGAUUUGGAGAAGAAGAAGCAACAUCUUGUGUUCAGUCUUCUUCACCACACUAAGAGUACUGCAUUCUGUGAAAUUCUUCAGCCAGAACACCAGCACCUAGUAAACAUCAGCCAUCUUUCAGAACCUCAACUUAAUGUUAUCUCGUUUACAUCCACUGCAUCUUAUGAUGGUGAAGUGAGAAGCCUCACUGCUAUGCCUCCUCACCAUGCCCUGGACUUAGCAGCUGUUCUUGGAUUUCAGUCUAACACUUACAAAAUCAUACCUAGAGAUGAAGUGUUGACCCACAAAGAUAUGAUUCGGCAAUACUUUGAUGAUGAGGGUGAAGUAUUAUAUUUCCUCACAGAGAAUGAGGAUACCAUAGGACUUGCAAAAGUCAAAUCAGUCUGGUAUAUUCUCCUCAGGGCAUUACGUGAAAAAGCAGUUUACUGUUUCACAACUGCAAAGAAGAAAUCUGGCUGGUCUUUGCAAGAGCGUAUUAAUGCAACUCAUAAACGUUUAAGAGAGAUUCAGAGAUGGUUGAAACUUUCAGAUGAUUAUAUACACUUCUGGAGCAAGCUUUGUGAUGGUUUUCUACGGUGGACAGAACAAGAAAUUAAAUAUGCACGUAUAGAAGGCUCCUCCAUACGACCAAAAUUCCCGAUAUUGUGGAAACAAUAUCUCUGUGAAACAAAGCAAACAGACAGAAGAGAAGUGAGCUAUUGAUGUCAUGUGACUAGUUACCUCCUAUCAGGCUGUAUGAAGUAGCCAUGAGGCUUACAGCAUUAAAAGCCAGGUACCUGAUGAGAGAGAUUGCAAGAGGUCAUGUAGCCUGGAGAUCUGCCAUCAGGUAAUCACAGCUGACCCACACAAGCAUGAAAGAUGGCAUUACUGUACUGUAAAGUUGAUGACCAUUCGACUUUGCUACAGUUUGAGAAUCCCUUAUCCAAAAUCCUUGGUGCCAGGUGUUAAGGAUUUCGGAAUUUUUCGGAUUUCAGAAUGGUUACAAGUCACCGACCCACAUUGGGGCCUGGGA